GAGGACCCAAAUGAUAUCAACCCCAAAAGGAAAGACGUGCGUGGCAGUGAUGUGGAGGACAAAGCACAAAGUGUGGAGACGCUACCUCCAGGAAAAGUUCGGUGGCAAGACUUUGAUCAAGAUGCUUAUGUUGGCGCUACUGUGGUGCGGUCUGGUCAGGAUCCAUAUGCCCGCAAUAAAUUCAAUCAGGUAGAAAGUGACAAACUGCGAAUGGACCGAAGCAUUCCCGACACUAGGCAUGAUCAGUGUCAACGGAAACAAUGGCGGAUAGAUUUGCCAGCCACUAGUGUGGUGAUCACCUUUCAUAAUGAGGCGAGAUCUGCUUUGCUUCGAACUGUCGUCAGUGUUCUUAAAAAAAGCCCAUCACAUCUUAUUAAGGAAAUCAUACUGGUGGAUGACUACAGUAAUGAUUCUGAGGAUGGUGCUCUCCUGGGAAAAAUUGAAAAAGUGCGGGUUCUUAGAAAUGAUCGCCGGGAAGCAGGCUUGAUGCGCUCCCGUGUCAGAGGGGCAGAUGCAGCACAAGCAAAAGUACUGACCUUCCUGGAUAGUCACUGUGAAUGCAAUGAACACUGGCUGGAACCGCUUUUGGAAAGAGUAGCUGAGGACAAGACCAGAGUUGUGUCUCCUAUUAUUGAUGUAAUUAAUAUGGACAACUUCCAGUACGUGGGGGCGUCAGCUGAUUUAAAAGGCGGCUUUGAUUGGAACCUGGUGUUCAAGUGGGAUUACAUGACACCAGAACAAAGAAGAGCACGACAAGGAAAUCCGGUUGCUCCCAUAAAGACACCCAUGAUAGCUGGUGGGUUAUUUGUGAUGGACAAAUCCUAUUUUGAAGAACUAGGGAAAUAUGACAUGAUGAUGGAUGUUUGGGGUGGAGAAAACUUAGAGAUCUCAUUCAGAGUUUGGCAAUGUGGUGGGAGCCUAGAAAUCAUCCCUUGCAGCAGAGUGGGCCACGUAUUCCGCAAACAGCAUCCUUACACGUUUCCUGGUGGGAGUGGGACUGUGUUUGCAAGAAAUACACGCAGGGCAGCAGAAGUCUGGAUGGAUGAGUAUAAAAAUUUCUAUUACGCAGCAGUGCCUUCAGCCAGGAAUGUACCUUAUGGCAAUAUUCAAAGCCGAAUGGAACUCAGAAGGAGACUUAGCUGCAAACCCUUCAAGUGGUAUCUUGAAAAUGUUUAUCCUGAGUUACGGGUACCUGAUCAUCAAGAUAUAGCUUUUGGGGCUUUGCAGCAGGGUACCAAUUGCCUUGACACUUUGGGCCAUUUUGCAGAUGGUGUUGUUGGAGUUUAUGAAUGUCAUAAUGCUGGAGGAAACCAGGAAUGGGCCUUAACAAAGGACAAGUCGGUGAAACAUAUGGAUUUGUGCCUUACUGUUGUGGACAGAGCACCUGGUUCACUAAUAAAACUUCAGGGCUGUAGGGAGAAUGACAGCAGACAGAAAUGGGAACAAAUUGAAAGCAAUUCUAAACUGAGGCACGUUGGCAGCAACCUCUGUCUAGACAGCCGAAAUGCCAAAAAUGGUGGUCUCAUGGUUGAGAUCUGCAGUCCUUCUUUGUCACAACAGUGGAAAUUCACACUUAAUCUGCAGCAGUAGAAGGACUUACAAGCAAAAUGCUGUUUCGACUCAUAGACGUUGGGCAAAGUUUUGAUUGAAUUACUGAUGUAUUUCUUAAAACUUUCCACGGAACUUAUAUACCUCAGUAUUCCACCUUUAUCUGAAAGUAGAGAGUGCUGAAGCAGACAUGAGGGAUCCAGGGACUUGGAGCACUGCAAAGAUGUCGCUGAACAUGACUGCAGCACAAUUCCUUCUUGGUGUGAAGACUUCAAUGGUUCCUUUCUGUCUUCAGUUACGUACUUGCACAGCAGAUAAUUAACUCUAGGAACAACUGAUGUAUCAUAAAAAAAGGAUCUGAAGAAACACCUGUGGGGAACAGGGUGUGGGAGGGGAGGGUGGGAAAAAUUACUAGGAGAAGAUCAUUUGAAAUCUCCAUUUGCAUAGAAAUCACAAUUUGUUGUUUCCAGAAACAGAAGUGUCAUUUUGAAGGUUUUUUUUUUCUCCUGUGUGUCCUUGGUAAUUUGAAUAUGAACUUUUCUAUGAUGGACUCUAAAUAUAAAUAUAUAAAAGUCUAUAUAUUGUCAGUUCCCAAUGAUUUAUAUCAGUUUUCAUCAUCCUAUAAUUAUCAAGAAGUGAUUGACAUAUGUAUGACCAGAAAUCGGAUUGGAAUGCUAGGAGAGCGAAACUUUAUGAAGGUGCGGAUUUUGUGCUGCUGAGUGUGAUGUCCGUGCUAACACUGGAUGCUUUUGCUUUGCAAACUGGAUCUACUUCUUAACACUUCACCCUCACUGGAGAUCAUGAAACUCAGGAGGAGAAAGAAAAUAGCAGAAUAAGCUGAUGCGUCUGCACAGAUGAUGGCUCAGAUUGUUUAUUCCAACUUGGAAAUUAAUUACACGUGCUCUGGAUAAUGUUAAACUUGUACUUGAUAUUUGUGUUGAUCAUUUCUGUAGUACUUUGUCUUUAAAAUACUUCUUCCUUUGUUACAAAAUUAUAUAAACAGUGCAGAUCUUUCAUGCAGCCAUGUGGGUUCAGCACAGUUUUAUUCUGGGCCCUAAUGAGAAAAAUUUAUUUGUCUCAAACUCCCCCUUUGAGCUGUAGGAAUAACAUAGAAUAGUAACGUCACUGACAGCACAACAUCUGAAUUUAAUUUGCAAGGAUAAGCAGCUAUGUAAUAUCUCUGAAUUGCACUUGCUUAAUUUAUAGACCUACUACUGGGGAAUUUUCUUCCGUUUAAUUUCUUUACAUCGAGCUUUUGA